CAUUGUGAAGACGUUGGCAAGUGAAACGGAGGACGUAUAAGAUGCUCCUUCAGAUGAACGUCUCUGUUCGUUUACCAUCUCUUCCGAGGACACAGCUGUCGUGUUUUUGAACGUUUCUUGUGAAACGUUUUCCAGACACCUCGACGAGAAACUUUCCGGGUAGUUUUGUUCCUUUUUUGUGUCUCCCGAACCCGAACGUGUCCGGCAACCACAAACAUGUUCGUGGAGGCGUCCAGAUUUGUGCUGUAUCUUUCAACUCUGAGCGGCUUUCUGCGUGAAACUGGCUCAGUUCAGAUGUGCGAUGUGGUCAAUGAAAUCGAGCUGGAGAGGGAAAGAUGUGAAAACAAAACGGCUGGAAAUGUCACAUCAGGCUGCAAAGGCAUGUGGGACAUCAUUGCUUGCUGGCCUUCAGCCAGAGUUGGGGAAAUGGUGGUGAUUCCUUGUCCAAAUUAUUUCAGCUACUUCAGUGAGCAUCAUAGUGAAGGGAACCUGUCCAAGACCUGCACGGCAGACGGCUGGACUGAAGUGCAUCCUAUAACGAUCGCUGUGAAUUGUGGAUACAAUCUCAACAGCACUGGUGAUGACGACAACUUCUUCCGGUCAGUUAAGAUUGGCUACACUGUCGGACACAGUGUUUCUCUCAUCUCUCUCACCACUGCCAUAGUGAUUCUGUGCAUCUUCAGGAAACUCCACUGCACGCGGAAUUACAUCCACAUGCACCUGUUUGUGGCCUUCAUCCUGAAAGCCAUCGCAGUCUUCAUCAAAGACGUUGUGUUGUAUGAUGUUAUUCAGGAAUCAGACAACUGCUCCACUGGAUCUGUCGGCUGUAAAGCUGUCAUCAUCUUCUUCCAGUACUGCAUCAUGGCCAGUUUCUUCUGGCUGCUAGUAGAAGGCCUCUAUCUCCAUGCUCUAUUAGCUGUCUCCUUCUUCUCAGAGAGGAAGUACUUCUGGUGGUACAUUCUGAUUGGCUGGGGAGGGCCAAUGUUAUUUAUCACAGCCUGGAGCUUUGCCAAAGCCUAUUUCAAUGAUGUUGGGUGCUGGGAUAUCAUAGAGAACUCUGACCCAUUCUGGUGGAUUAUCAAAACACCUAUAUUAGCUUCUAUACUGAUGAACUUCAUCCUGUUUAUUUGUAUCAUUCGCAUACUGCGGCAGAAGAUCAACUGCCCUGACAUUGGGAGGAACGAAUCCAACCAAUAUUCGAGGCUGGCUAAAUCGACGUUGCUGUUGAUUCCGCUUUUCGGGAUAAACUUCAUAAUAUUCGCCUUCAUUCCAGAGCACAUAAAAACUGAGCUGAGGCUGGUGUUCGAUCUCAUUCUGGGGUCAUUCCAGGGCUUCGUGGUGGCUGUCCUUUACUGCUUUUUGAACGGAGAGGUUCAGGGUGAGAUAAAGAGGAAAUGGAGGCGGUGGCACUUGGAGAGGUUCCUGGGCUCAGAUACAAAGUACCAGCACCCAUCCAUGGGCAGCAAUGGCAACAACUUCAGCACACAGAUCUCUAUGCUGACCCGAUGCAGCCCCAAAACUCCCCGUGCCUCCACCUGCCAUGACGAGUCUUCCAUCACUAUGUAAAUCAGCAAGGCUCCAGUCACCAGCCACCAGUGUGCAUGUGGCCAUUUGGGAGGAAUAAAUUGUGCUUUUGGGCACCAAAUGGUUCAUGAGGCCCAGUCAUCUGACACAGGGACAAUCAUCUAGUGUAGAUUCACUCAUGACGUGUCAUACACUUUUGUGUGUGCAUCAGAAUAAUGGAUGGUGAAGUUCAGAUAGUCUGAGGGUUCCACAAGCACUCCAUACCACAUUCUCUUAAGAUUUAAGCUACAGCAAGCUAAGAGGUGAACAUGGUUUACACAAAUUCUCAUCUGAACUGUCCUCUCAAAGGACUUCAUUGCUACAUGAGGUUACAGUGAUAAACCAGAAAUGCUGUAAUUGUAAUGUCAUAAGACUAUAUUGACCUUUAUUGCCACACCUGCGUAACUACACAGAAUACUUAUACACAGAUACAGUAGUAGAACCUGACAUGGGUUAAGUACUGCUUAAACAGAAGUAACUGGGACACCCUAAAAGGUGCUAACAGCAAGAGUAAACCUUUCUGAGUAAGAAUAACUACAACAGAAUUUCAGAAAUAUAAAACUGACCGUGUUAAUUUUAUAUUACCACAUUGUGUUUCUUUACUCUUCUGUACUCUUCUUUAUUUUUAGGUAUGACUGCUUUAAGGUUUUUCUUAGUUCUGAGUGUGUUAAAAGGGGUGAACUUUUUACAAAACAAUUGGCUUGGAAGUUCAGUAAUGGUAGCAACUUCAUUAAACAGAUGUCCAGUGUGCCCCUUACAGAAACAGUACUCAUCAGCCAAGAUGUUCAGUGUCAAAUGUUUGCUUCAUAUGUUUUGCACUGGAGCUACAAGCAUAAUGUACAUUACAGAUACAUAAUGUAUAAUGUAAGUCUAACACAUAAUAGAAGCCAUCUAUAAAAUGUACUUUCAAGCCUGAAAUUUGUCCCUACUUUUGUCCAUUUUCAUAGAUAAGAGCAUGCACUCUGUAUCAGAAACUACAGAAACAGGUCUAUUUGAGAUUACUUACCAGUUCAACACAGUUUGAGGCAAGUGUGUGAUGAUUCAAGGAGCAUUCUGAUAGAAGUUUUUAAAUGCAUCUCAUGGCUUAAAACGAAGCAGGAUGAGAAUGUGAAAGACAUACAUUUCUAAACUGACAUAAUAAACUGAAAACUCACAUUUCUCACAUUCAGACUGUGGUAAUAUUUGUAUCAUGUCAACUUAAAUGCAUUGUUUAAAAGUGUGAACACAGUGCAGGCUAGAAGAGCUCUUUUCUGUUGCAGUUCCAGACAUCACUAAAAAGGAGUGUGCUUGAGUGCGUUUUAAUAGGUGUCCUUUGUAUGGCUGCUUUGGCAUGUAGUGUGCACAGUGCUAACUGGUGGCUUUUUGCAUCAAUUACAUGUUAGCUAAAUUAGCCUUGUAGUUCCAGUGUGUAACUGAGGAGCAAACUUUGGACAUCAAACACCUAGGCUUAUGAACUACAUGGGGUAAUGGGAAAACUGUGAAUUUCAUGACUUUAGAUCAGAGCUUGGAAUAUGUGUACUUUUGUCAGAUAAUUGCUGCUUAAGUAAACUAAGUUCUAUACUGCACAUCUGACUGUAACUGAAUGUGAAGGCGCUGUGCUUACAGGACCCACUCAUCUUCAGAUCUAAGUAACUAGCUAACUGCACAUUAGCUAGUAUAGCAGUGGGUUCAAGUCCUGCUCCUGCAGUCUCCCAGAACUACACAUUUUAGUGUUUUCCACCAUUUUAACCUAAUCAAGAGUUUCACAGUGUUUCUAUGAGUUGAGUAAAGGCCUUUUCACAGGCAUUUUUUCAGGCCAAAAAGAGAACAUGUGACGAAAAUGGAAAAUGAAGAAACGGAAUCCUGAAGUAAAAGCAACAAUGGCUGUCAGUUUAGGAAGUGUAAUAACAGGUUACUCUGUGGCUACGUCCCAUUCUACGAAAGAUACUGCAUGGCCUUACACAGGAGCUGAAACAGUAUAAAGAGCGAUUCAGAAGGUGUUUUUCCAAUGUCGGAAAUCCAAAGCACUGCUUGCUCAUUUGCUUGGACUGAAACCAUGACAACAGAGCUUCGAUUGGUCAUCCUGAUUUUUAUCACAUCCAGACAACACGAAGUCAAGCUGGUUUCCAGUGAAAGACUUUUACCAGCAUUACAGUCCAUCAGUUUGGAGCUUGAUGUGAAAGUCAUCAUUAAUUUGCAUGUGUUUUGAAACCUGACUUACAUCUAGAAAAAAAAAUCAUAGUCACGCUACUAUGUGCAAGACUAUAGGAGCAGGUUUAGGAACCACCGUUGUACAGUACAGUAUCUUAUUAAAAAAAAAAAAAAAGACAACUUGAUCAGAAAUCAGACUAGAAAUGAGACUGACUGACAAAGUGCAGGAAAGGCAGAAGGUAUUAAUUUGUCUGCUUGGACUUUCUUUUUGUAUAACUCUUAUGUGAGAUUAAUGAGAAAAAACACCAAAAAAGAACCAAACAUGGAUUGUUAAAUAUCCAACAUAAAUGUAUAUAUAUGGAGAUACACUGUAGAGAGAAAAUGUGACAUUUCUCCCAGACAUUUUUGUAAGUGUGUGUGUGAGAGAGAGUGAGAGAGAUUGAGAGAGAGAGUGAGUGUUUGACAAUAAGCGAUAAGUUUGGAAGCUGAAUGCCCUUCUCUGCACUACCAUCAUCAUUCCUUUUCCUCCAAUCAGUGUCCGUGUUUGUUCCGUGAUCACAUUAGCAUCAGUAUGUCAUUUUGUAUUGCUGCAGCAUGACGGGCCAUUUUUACUGCUGAAUGUACGAUCCCAUUCAGCACUGUGAGGCAAACAGCUACAGAGAGGUUUAGAUCCAGAGGGUCACACACCAAACUAAAAACUGAGCCACACAUAUUCUUUUAUUUCUGAAAGCAUGUUUUCGCCCAGGGGCUGAAUGGGACUGUUAAAGCUGGUCAUUUCGUUUGGAACAUAAAUGUCAAAGAAAUUUUAUACUAAUGCUAAAUUCUGUUCUGUGCACCUAAAGGUUUCUGGUAGCAUGUAAACGCCAUGCUAACAGUGAUUCACAUGAGCAUUUUUUUUUUGGUCGUUGUAGAUUAAACCUGAACAUUUAAAGCUUGUAAAAGACAUUCUAUAUGUUUCAUUUCAAGCUUGUAACAGAUGCCAGCAUAUUUUACCAUGUAGCCAUUUUACAGGGGCUCUCAGAAAAGAACCCUGGUUUAGAGCUGCUGCUGCUGCCGUUUCCCACUUUUCUUUUCCGUGAGGUCUUGAGUGAAGUAUUUCCUCAUUAACUUGGCAAAUCAAAAUGUGAUUAGUUGUUCCCACUUUCACUUCCUAAUUACGUUCGUGGUCUGGUGUGUAAGGCCUUCACUAGAGGUCCUCGUGUCCUAACCAAUAUGUGGCUGCAUGUGCCUAAAGUGGGGGGGGGCAGCAUGAUUCCACAGGGUGUUUUAUCAUUUUUACUACUUUCUUUCCAAAAGGGAAAAUCUCUGUAAAAAUGAUUUGAAUACGCUACAUUCCUUAAAACCUUGUCAUAUCAAAGACUGAGGCUACAGAUGGCACAAAAACGCACUAGCAGGGACUUUUGCCUGUGCGCCUGUUGUUUUGCCAUAUUGUACGUAUCGAGCAGGAUGUUGUGUAUUCAAGUGGUAUCAAACCUGUAGUGGAGAGGUUUUUAGAUGCUGAACCCCAUCUUAACAUUCAACGUGAACAGGUAAGACAAAUCUCCUGUCAACUGGCCCUCAUAGAGACCAUGAAAAAGCUCCACAUGUAAUAUUUAUUUGAACAAGUUUAUAACUUUUUAAACAGUUCUGCACUGACCAGUGAAGAAAACAAGCAUUUUAAUAACUGGCUUUAAUUUGAACAAUUACUCAAAUUAUUUGGAAAGUUGUAGAUUUUGACGCUUCAUUGUAAAAGGCCGUGUUUCAUGUUCCCAAACUGAAAGUGCCACUUAAAAUGCUUGAAAUUUCGGUGCAUCUUUAGUAAACAUAAUUAAAUCCACUAUUACUAAGGACAACAAUGCCAAGCAGCAAUGACUAUGUGCAAGGCUUUAACAAAUCUCCACACUCCACCACGUUUUCCAAAAGUUUCAUUUACAAUGCCAGAGAUAUCUUUUUUUUGUGGAUAGGAGGCCAAAACAGGAAAUACUACACUGAGCAAAAUAUCUGUACAUCUAUGGAUGGGACCUGAAGUCUGAGUCCAUAAUAUAUAGAUAAAUUGUAAUUAUCUGAACUAAUUUCAUUUAUUCUGUACUGAUACAGUGGAGAAAAUGUAUAUAGAUAUUUCACAGCCUUGCUUGUCUGUUCUCAUCUGCAAUUAGUGGACAGUUCUUUGGCCAGAACAGCUGUGGACGAUCAAUAAGACUGAUCUACAUGCUGUCAAACCGCCCAUGCUAAAGAGCAAUGUGUGAAAUAUUUGAGCAUCUCUGUGUUAAAGUAUUUACAUUGUUCCAUCUAUAAAGUCAUCAUGAGCACAAUAACGAAGUGUGUUUAUACUGUUCUAUUGCACAGAAACCUCUUUUCUAUCUGCUAUAUUUGUGGGUCACCUAUUUGGUGAACUGACUGACGUUUAACAGAAGGAAAAGCAAUGAAGAGAGAAAGACUACAUGCAGUGUCCUUUUUCAUGGUUUUAAGGGCCUGAACUAGCAGCUAGUUCAAGUUCAGGACAGUCCUGGAAAGCAGCUCAUUUGAAAUAGUCUUUCAAACUGGGUCACCUCAGUAUAAAAAUCAUGUUUUGACUUGGAAUGUUCUCCUUCAUGUCAUUUUGUGCAGGUACAAUGUAAAAUAAAUUUUGUACAGUUCUGUUUCACAGUGUAUGUAAAUCAGCUGUAUAGUCGUGUCUGAAUGUUAAUGUCGCAACAGGGAUAUUUUGCAGAUUCUAUUUAAUGCUUAAAAAGCUUGACAUCUCACAUCACUGUCCCACAGUGUUCUGUCAUUUUAAACAACUCAAAGGUGAAGAGCCAAAUGACCACUCAUUCUUUACCAUGAAGAAUGUAUGUUCUUACGUAGAGUAACACAGAAAGUAAUAUAGAUUUUGUUUGUGCUGAAUGUUUUUAAUUGGUUUCGUUUAAAGGGAAAUUCCACUGAUUUUACAAAAUCUGCAUAAUUAAGUUAUUGAGAAGUAAAGAGUCAUUCAGAGUGGUUUGAUGUGAAAUGGUUCACUAUAAAGACACAUAAGACACUGUUGUUUACAGUGGUGUUGAUAGGGUUUAAGCAAUUUUUAAACACAAAUAUAGCCAUUUUACUAACUCCAGAACCUACACAUGUGCAAACCUACACAUCUUCCUAGAUUUAAUGUAAAUAAAGGUAAAUCUGAAAAAAGAACCCUUUUGACUUGCAAUUACCCAUCCAUGCUGGAUGAAUUUUAAAAAUACGUUUUAAGCCAAAAGCUUCUCUUAAAACUAUCAUGUCUUAGAUACCAGGCAGCCUAUAUGUGACAAUUUCAUAUUCAAGUUUCUGUGAGGUAGCUUAAAGGCUAUGGAUGCAAUUCUAACUCUGUUUUCUGUGUUCUGUUUUUCUAGAACAGCGCAUUUCACAUCAAACCAUUCAAUGACUUGCUCACAUCUUUUACAUUUAAUUAUGCAGACCUUCUUGAAAAAAUCAUGGAAUUCCCUUUUAAAACAUUGGUUGUGUAUUUUGUGAAUUUUGUAAAUACGUCCUCAAAUAACAAGAUGCCAGUCGUUUCAGCUGUGCUGUACAGUUUUUUUGUCAAGUUUUAGUAAAUCGUAUUAAAUGUUGUUUUUAAUUAUAGAUCAUUUACGUUUAUCAUCAGUGGAAUAACUGGAUGCUGUGAGAAUGAAUCUCUGUCUCUGUAUUGUAAAAGUGAAGACAACUGUUUGGCGCAUAAUGCAUACUGCACAUGCAAUAUACAGGACUGCAUCACAAUUACUAUUCAAAGGGCAAAGUUUUCCAGUCAUAUACACACUCACUGAUUAUUUUUGUAUUCGAGCUCAAACAUACUCACUUGUAUUGAUGUAUUGUAUAUGUAUUUUUGUAAGAUCCAAAGUGAAAAGCAUAUUCUAGAGAUGUUUUACCACCGAUUCAUUGCUAAUAAACCACUGCACAUAUUGUACAGUA